GGCGACUGAAGAAAUACUGACGCGCCAAAUUCCCGUCGAUCCAUUACAGAAAAUUAAUAGGAGUAGCACGUAGAAAGAUGUUUAUUAAAGCUCGCAGGAGUGCAUGGAGAAGUGAUUGAUCAUGGACAGAGAGAGAACCCACGUGCAUUUGGUGAUCGAGGCGGCUUUCCGCAUCGGCAUGUGGACCUGCACCACCUGGCUCGACGCCAAAAUGCCGUACGUCCGGCACAUAGACGAAGACGAACUGUGGUACUACCGCUAUCCGUCGCUCGAUAGUUUCUUCCCCAAGCUGUACGUGUACUGUUUGAUUGUCCUCUUCCCGUGCCUGGUGUUCCUCGUCGAACUGGCCACCAUGAAAACCAAGACCACCACGCCCACCAUCGUCACCAGCUGCUACGCCUUGUCCCUGGCCUACUGUCUAACGCACCUCUUCGUCGCCGCUUUGAAGGUCACGGUGGGGAAACCCAGGCCGAAUUUCUACCUGCGGUGCUUCCCCGAAGGCUACGGUACGGACAUCGACAUGUGCGACGGUGAGUACCACGGGCAAAUGGACGGCAGGAAGAGCUUCCCCAGCGCCCAUUCGGCCUUCGCCUUCUGCUGCAUGGUCUACAUGGCGAUUUACAUAAUGCGAAUGGUCGAUUUGCGCAAGCCCAAGUUCAUGAAAGGCUUCUUAAUCACCGGCCUGGGCUUGAUGUUCCUGACGGCUUCGUUGAUCGCCGUAUCCAGAACUAUGGAUUACCACAACAACUAUUCGGAUGUGAUCGCUGGUGCUCUUAUCGGUAGUUUCUUCGCCAUUGUGUGCGACUACUUUUACUCGUUGCCUGACGAACGGAUGCAGAUAAACAUCAAGCGAAUAGUGAAGGAAACUUUGGACGAGGAGGAGGUUAACAGGCAAUUUUCUUUAAUCGAUAAUAUAAAGCCCGUCGCCGAUCCCGAUGCAGCAGACGAAGCUCCGGCCAUCCCGGAAGCGGAUUGAGAU